UAAAGUCACGAACCAGGGGAAUUGCACCCCAUCACGUCCAGGCUCUUCUUUUUUUUUCCCCCGAAACAUCGACCUCAAUUCGACUGACCAAUUGACUCGGGAUCGAUUUCGGACUUUGACCAACCUCCCCUAUGAGAACCCGCAAAUAGCCUAGAAGAGCAAAGAUGGCCGCCAAAACCAAAGCGCCUAACCCGUUAAACGGUCUGCACACAGCCGGCAUCUUCUCCGAUAUGAGCGUUGAUGGCCCUGAAAUUGGAACGCUCGUCCUCAUCGUCGACCGAGCCAAGAAUCUUCCCAACAGGAAGACCAUUGGCAAGCAAGAUCCCUACUGUGCUGCACGGCUCGCAAAGGAGGCCAAGAAGACAACCACGGACAUUAGAGGCGGGCAGACCCCGAAGUGGGACCAGGAACUGCGGUUUGCAGUACAUGACUCGCCAGAUUACUACCAGUUGAAGCUCUCCGUGUUCAACGACGACAAGAAGACGGAAUUGAUUGGCGAAUCCUGGAUCGACCUGCGCGAUAUCAUUGUGCGCGGUGGUGGUCAGAGUGACCAGUGGCACAGCCUCAAUUGCAAAGGUAAAUACGCCGGCGAGGUCAGGAUCGAGAUCACGUACUACGACACUCGCCCGAAGCCGGAAAAGCCAGCGGCAGCGGCAGCGGUGGCGGCGGUAGCGAAACCGAGUGCUGUGGCCCCGACCCCUGACCCAGAGAGCACCGGUGUAUCGCAUAAGAACCCGGUAAAACGACGCCCGUUACCGUCUGAUCCUGUCACUGGCCAGGCGCCCGCACCACCCUCGGUCGCGGACCAGACGAACACACCUCCACGAUCUCAACCUAAUCCCCUCCCUCCCACUGCAGCCGUCCCGAGCCAGGCGCCGACGCAGCCUGGCGAGUAUAGCACAACAGCUCUGAGCAGACUAAACAAUCCGGCAGACGAGGCCUCUCCGAUGUAUCCCGCUGGAAGCCAAUACCCGGCGUCUUCUCACAGAGUAGUAGACUAUUCUCAACAUCGAAUUCUCGACAGGAACCACAAGUUUAUCCCUUACGAGAACGAAUAUUCACGCCACCCGGACACUGCCUAUUCGAGGGGGUAUGAACCGGACCCUAGAGCGACGUACGGCCAUGGCCAGCCAGCCUACGAGUCCAGCCCCUCCCUCGCUCAUCAUCCCCAUCAACCUAUCGAGUAUGACGAUCGUCCUCCGCCGCCACCAGUUCACCGAGUUAGGAACUCGAGCGGAGGCUCGCAAGAGCUGGUAACUCGUGGUAGUUUUGACGUGGCUUCACAUAAGAAUCCGAUGCCUAUGAGACGCGAUGUUUUACGGAGUGAGGCCCAUCGACACCCCGCGUCUUCCUCAUCAUCGUCAUACCCGGGUCGGCCUACUUACCGCCCGUACGACUCGGCACCGGACAUGCAGAGUACGGCGCAAUACCCCGAAGUUGAUCCCAACCAUCCUUCGCCUCCGCGUCAUUACUCCUACGACUCGCCAUACGAUACUCAUCAUCGAUCGAUGCAGCCUACCGUGGAGGACGUUCCGGAGUCGUGGACACCGCCCGGUACGAGACCUCGAGUUGGUGGCUCUCGAACACUCCAGUAUGAUGAACGGGACUACCAUCAGACUCCAAGCCCUGCACCGUUGAAUUUAAACGGACGAGGCAGUGCGGCAUCCGGUCAUUAUAGCCCUUCACCAUUACAGUCCCAACCGUACGAUCCGAACCGCUACAGCCCCUCGCCGUCACCAAUGGCGUCCGAGGACUACUCCCAAGCACUAACCCUAGUAUCUCGUCCGUACGCGAACGACCGUUCUUUCAAUCACCCGAGCGAGUUGGAAGAUAGCCAAGUUCGCGCACAGGGCGAUUACGAUUUGCCUCCGGUACCCCCAACGCUGGUCCCGGGAGUGGACCCGGCCUACGCGCGGGAAAUAUCCGAUCGAUACCAUCACGAGAGGAAGCAGACACGUCGAUAUACCCAACCGGCUCCAGUGAGCGCCCCAUCCCGGGGUAGGCAGUACAGCGAGCCCCCGGCGUCCGAUUAUGCCCUCCAGCACCAUCCAAACGGACAUCACGCGAGUAGUUCGAGAACCUACGAUCGGAGCCCCGUGUCUUAUUCCAGCGGUCCUGCUACGUCUUCGGCCGUGGUGCCAGCAUCUCGUCCUCGGGGAGCUUCCCCAAACCCACCUAUCAAUCAUACUAUUAAGCGCAAGUCCGUCAGUCCGGCACCUCCGGCACCUCCGGCAUCUGACGGCCGAAGAUUGUCGGGUGUGCCUUUUGGCCCCGACUCUUACGACGCACUGAACCCUUCCGUCUCGUCGACGAAGGAGGGGGUGACCGUUGCCGAGUAUACCAACGCGGACGGCAAGAUUGUGACUCCCGACGGACGAGAAAUCGAUCCUUCAGAUCAUUUGCCCAUGGACACUUGGGCGCCGGAGCCAGAGCCGAAAAAACCGUCAGAUCCUGUCGAAACUCGGUCCCGCCCGAUCCCUGCGGGUGCGCAGCCGAUGCCGGCGUCUGGGCGACGUCCGGUUCGUGGCGCGGGGGCUCGCCCAACGUCGUCGGCGGGUACGUCACCAACAUCGGGAUAUAUUCCCUCGGACAGUACGCCUCCUCUCGUGGGCAGCGGGCGGAACCGUCUGCAGAAGAAAGCCCAUCGCGCAUCAGCCCUGCCGGCGCUACCGGCGCCGGUCUCUUCGAGCCCGGGCCCGCUUGGCCCUUCUACAUCCCAUCGGCGCAACAGCACGCCUCCGCGAGCACUCGUUCGCGCUAGCACCUUCGAUUACGAGAAUCACAGCCCCGGUGCCGCUCGCACAGGCUACGGCAGCGGGCCGCCGAUCCCGGCCAAAGUCCCGAUGAUGAGCGGCGGCCUAGGACCGUCUCGCGGCCGAGGCGAGGAGUGGGCGCUGAUGGAAGAGAUGAGCAGGAUCGACAUCGGCUCGGGCAGGGCACGACGACACGGGGGGUAUUGAGAACAAGCAUGGGGGACGAGGGACGUAUAGGCGUUGUUGUAAAGUUAUCAUGUGAAAGAAAGAGUGGGCGAACCUGUUUUGAGUACACUGUUU